AAUCCUUCAUCUUCAAACAAAGCUGGUUAGUUAAUUGCAGAUCACCGGAGAUCAAUCACAUGGCGGCAGUCAAUGGCGGAAGUGAAAGUCAACCGGCGAAACACCAAGAAGUUGGCCACAAGAGUCUCCUUCAAAGUGAUGCUCUUUACCAGUAUAUUCUUGAAACCAGUGUGUACCCAAGAGAGCCUGCACCCAUGAAAGAGCUACGUGAGGUCACUGCUAAACAUCCAUGGAACCUGAUGACGACGUCUGCUGACGAAGGACAGUUCCUGAACCUUCUUCUCAAGCUGAUCAAUGCGAAGAAUACCAUGGAGAUUGGUGUGUAUACUGGUUAUUCCCUUUUGUCUACGGCUCUAGCACUUCCCGAUGACGGAAAGAUACUGGCUUUGGAUAUCAACCGUGAAAAUUAUGAAAUCGGCCUUCCUAUUAUUGAGAAAGCUGGUGUUGCUCACAAGAUUGAUUUUAGAGAAGGUCCUGCUCUUCCUGUUCUCGACCUAAUGAUCGAAGAUAAAAAAUUCCAUGGAAGUUUUGAUUUCAUUUUCGUGGACGCUGAUAAAGACAACUAUCUUAACUACCACAAGAGGUUGAUUGAUCUUGUUAAGAUCGGUGGAGUGAUCGGAUACGAUAACACCCUAUGGAACGGAUCGUUGGUUGCACCGCCAGAUGCACCUCUUAGGAAAUAUGUUAGGUACUACAGAGACUUCGUGCUGGAACUUAACAAGGAAUUGGCUGUGGAUCCGAGAGUCGAGAUCUGUCAGCUUCCCGUUGGCGAUGGAAUUACUUUAUGCCGUCGUAUUAGCUGAAGUUACGAGCCGAUCGGAAGAGGUGGUCUCUAGGUGUCACCCGUAGUUGGUGUUUCUCCUCGAAGUUUAUGUUCAAAAUUGUUAAAUUAUUUGCGACCUUAACUCUUUCGUUCAGUAACUGUUUUCGGUGUUCAUGUUGUUUUCACUAAAAACGUAUGUUAUUAUAUAUAAUGCAAAAUCAUGAUCGUUUUAUA